CUUGCAUCUAAACAUAUCUUUCGAAUGAGAGUAGAGGAAGCAAAAACAAGAAUAUUAAUUAAAAUUGUUUAAUACUAGCAAACACCAGUUGUGACACCUGGUCCUCCUUUCAGAUGGAUAAAUUUAUUUUUAAUGGAAACUCUAGUAGCAAGUUACAAUUUUACUGGCAAAGCUUAUGCCGAGACUGAUUCAUGUUUUACAAUACAAAAGAAAAAAAAUAUGGCAGUUUCAACAAGUUGUGACUUAUUAUUGCAUGGUUUGCUGGCUCUUAUUUUACCAAAAAUAAAACUCUGGCAUGCUGCUGCAUGAUGAGACUAAUUCGCGAUUUAGGCUUGAUAAUAAGAAGGUAUAUCGAUGAGACCAUUGUCAUUCGCAUUGCCAUCAUUGUCGAACAGACCUGGAAAUUUUUAAGGAAUUGAGAUGGAAUCUAAAUUCUCUAGAUUCUAGUUCAUCUCUCUCAUGAAAAUCGCUGUACUUGGACUCCUAUUAUUUGGUACUGCUUUCUUUACUCGACCUAUUUAAUGGUUUCAUUGCAUAUGGACUCGACUUACACUAGUGACGCUAUAUCCAAAAGAGGUGCUAGCUUUCUAAGCUCCGAGAAUUUAGACUCUAUUUCAUGAACUGCACCAGCUUCUUAGUUGCAACAGGAUUUGCAGGUUCGUGCUUCUCUAAUUUCUCCUGGACAGAGAUUGAACCUACGGGAACUGAACCGCAUCCUCUGAGAUGUGCCAGCUGUUCUAAAUUCAUCAAAAUGAAGAAUCUUUAACUAAAGAUACUUGGUACAGAGAAAAGGAUUCGGUGUUCUUCUUUCCUCCGCAUCCGGCACCGCCACAUCCAAUGGCCACCACCAAAACAUUCCUCACCACCGCCGCCUCCGUCGCCGCCUCCGCCGUCCUCGUCCGCUCCAUCGCUAACGACCUCGUCCCCGAAUCCAUCCAAUACUACCUCUCCUCGACCCUGGCCUCCCUCGUCGCCCGCCUCUCCUCCCAGCUCACCGUAGUCAUCGACGAGCUCGACGGCAUCACCACCAACCAGAUGUACAAGGCCGCCGAGAUCUACCUCGGCACCAAGGUCUCCCCCUCCACCCGCCGUUUCCGCGUCACGAAGCACGACGACUCCACCGCCCUCGACGUCACCAUGGACCGCGGCGAGGACGUCGUUGAUGUCUUCCAAGGGGUGCGCUUCCGGUGGCGACUCCUAUCUCGGGAAUCCAACCGCCCGAUCUUCCACACCCACCGCCGCCGCCACUACUUCGUUGACUCCACCCUGUCGGAGCUCCGCUACUUCGAGCUAACCUUCCACAGGAAGCACAAGGACCUGGCCUUGAAGUCCUACCUGCCUCACGUCCUGGACCAAUCCAAAACAAUCAAAGAGCAGGCCAGAACGCUGAAGCUUUACACCAACGAGGACGAGAUGUGGACGCCUGUGAAUCUCCACCACCCCGCGACGUUCGAUACGCUGGCCAUGGAAGACCCGCUGAAGAACGAGGUGAUGGAGGACUUGGCCCGGUUCGUUAAGAGGAAGGAGUUCUACAGGCGAAUAGGGAAGGCCUGGAAGCGGGGAUACUUGCUGCACGGCCCGCCGGGGACCGGGAAGUCGAGCUUGAUCGCAGCGAUGGCGAACUUUCUGAGGUUCGACGUGUACGAUCUAGAGCUGACGGAGGUCCGGAGCAAUUCGAUGCUGAGAUCUCUGCUCGUCGGCACGUCCAACCGAUCCAUACUGGUUGUGGAGGACAUCGACUGCUCGCUCGAAUUGCAGAAAAGGGAUGCCGAGAAGAAGGUAGACAAGGACAAGAAGUCCUCAAACGAUGAAGACGACAAGGUGACACUUUCUGGUCUGCUCAACUUCGUCGAUGGGCUGUGGUCGAGCUGUGGGGAUGAGAGGAUCAUCGUGUUCACUACCAAUUACAAGGAUCGGCUGGAACCGGCACUGCUGCGGCCGGGCCGGAUGGAUGUACACAUCCACAUGAGCUACUGCAGUCCUGCCGGGUUCAGGGUGCUGGCUUCCAACUACCAUCGUCUCCGCGACCACCCACUCUUCGAGGAGAUCGAAGCAUCGAUCAAAGAGGUGGAGGUCACACCGGCGGAGGUUGCAGAAGAGCUGAUGAAGAGCGACGACGCUGAAGUCGCGCUCCGAGGGCUCAUCAAGCUUAUCCAAACCAAGAAGAAACAAGCCAGUGCUGCUCCAGAUCAAAAUGAGAACCAGGAGGGUGGAAGAAAGCUAAAUGAUGAAGGUCAAGCCUGAGAUUUUCCUCAUUUUUUCUUCUUUUUUUUUUUGCCGGAGAAACACGUUAAAGAAUAAAGGGAAAAGGAAGUCAAAAAAAGAUGGCUACGGGGGUAGAUGACGACCAUACAUAUAGCGAGGCACUAGAAAUUUCCUGCAGCUUGGAGUCAUUCAGUGUUCAUGGACUUAGAAAAUUCCAACCAUCAGUCAUGGCAGUGGCCGGGGUCGAUGGUCAUACGUUCGGUAGUUACAAUGGAUACUCGGGAAAGUCCAAAAAACGCGGACUUCUUCGUCUAUUAUGUAUCUUUCUUCCCUUUGAAUCACAAGAAAAAAAGAGAGAGAGGAUCCACUGGGAGAAAAAGGGCCUCCUUUUAGACUUGCAGAAGACUUCGAACAUUUUUAUUUUG